AUGGGGCCUUCGGGAUGCGGAAAAUCGACCUUAUUAAAUAUAGUAGGGUUACUAGACAACCCUACAUCAGGGGAGUACCUUCUUGAUGGUAAAGAAGUAGGUAAUCUGAAAGAGAAAGAGCGUACCCAAACACGGAAGGGAAAUAUAGGAUUUAUAUUUCAGAGUUUCAACCUGAUUGAAGAAAUGACGGUUUAUGAAAAUGUCGAAUUACCAUUAAUUUAUCUGAAUAUCAAAUCUUCGGAACGUAAACAACGCGUAGAAGACGCUUUAAAGAAAAUGAAUAUUAGCCAUCGUUCGGGUCACUUCCCUAAUCAGCUUUCUGGAGGACAACAACAACGUGUAGCUAUUGCCCGCGCAGUUGUAGCCAAUCCUAAACUAAUACUUGCGGAUGAGCCUACAGGUAACUUGGACUCUAAAAAUGGACAAGAUGUGAUGGACUUAUUAACAGAACUGAAUCAGGAGGGGGCAACAAUAGUAAUGGUGACGCACUCUCAGCACGAUGCAUCAUUUGCUCACAAAACAAUUAAUCUGUUUGAUGGUAAAGUAGUAGCAGAAACUCAACUGUAA